UUAACUUCCAUAGGAGAGAAGUUUCGACUCCUAAAAAGGCAAGAGACAUUCAGUGUUAUCUGUUAUGGUAUAUAAGAUCACGGCUGCACUUAGGACGGGCUUUCCCCCUUUUUUACGCCAGUGGAGAUCUCACUUUCGAAAGGAAGGCCUUUUUGAAUCUGUAAUGGGUUUCAGCCUUGGUUGGUCUUCUAUGGUCCUGUUUGGCAGAGUAGUGCAAAAGCGCGCUGCUGAUGUUGGUGCUGAUAUUGUUGGCAUGGUUGAGCAGAACAUCCCUGAGGAUGAUCCCAGAAUCGAGCGGUGAUAGCUGACAUUGUUGGUGAAAUUGCUGGUAUGGGAUACGAUCUAGUCGGCUUUUAUGCAGAACCAACAUGUGCUGCUCUUGUUUUUGGCUCCAUCUCCACAUUUGGGAUCAAUCAUAACUGCAACGCUGUAUCGUUGUUUGUUUGCCCAUCACGUCAGUGCAUGUAAGUCCUUGUUUGUGUGAGCAGGCCCACCCAGCGUAAAUAUUUGUGUAUGUGUGUAUUUUGUUGAGGAUCUUUGUCCCAGUGAGAUGCUAUUUGUACCAAAAUAACUCAAAAGACACGCACAUACUUGCAGUGUGUGUGCAUAAUGGGAUUGUCACUAGCAUUGUUGAUUUGAGUUUUGUAUGAUCAUAGAAAUUUCAUUAAAUUCACACCCCUCUCUUUUCUCGGUAGGGGCGUUGCUAAAACACUGACAAUAGUCAACUAGCCUAGAUGGCGACAUCUCAGCAAUUAGAUAAACGGAAGGCCAUGGUUAGAUAAACGGAAAACAGUCUACUGACCUGUCCAUUGCGAUCUCCAAAGCUUGUGAGGAGAAAUUUGGGACCCCUGUCCGUAUCUCCAGUCGUGAUCCAGCUUUGUCUCACCUAUUUGUUGCAAAUGACCUCAUUCUUUUCGGGAGAGCCAAUGAUGAU